CGUUUUCUUCUUAUCGGCGCCAAGCAACCAACAGAGUCAAUCGGCAUCCUAGUGUGUGUGUGUGUGUCUCUCUCUCUCUCUCUAUAUAUAUGUAUAUUUAUAUACGUAAUUCAAUACACCACUCAUCCUAGCAGUCAGUCUUCUCUCUCUCCGUAGAAGACUAUCGGUUCUUCACUUCAGGGCCGCGGAAAUAAUUUGGAUGUGCUGAAGGUAGCAAUGGGUUCUUUCCUUAAAGUUGUACUGGCCUUCCAUGUUGUGCUAUCUGUUCUAUAUCGAUGUUCUGCAACUGGGGUUGAUGCAAAUCAGACAGCAUGGCUGUUUGUAAAUGCUUCUGAAGCUUCAGCGAGGAAGAUACCGGAAACUCUAUUUGGCAUAUUCUUUGAGGAAAUCAACCAUGCUGGGGCUGGUGGGUUGUGGGCAGAGCUUGUCAGCAAUAGAGGUUUUGAAGCUGGAGGCUAUAACACUCCCUCCAAUAUUGACCCUUGGUCAAUAAUUGGAGAUGAGUCAUCUCUUAUUGUAUCAACUGACCGGUCAUCUUGCUUUGAUCGAAACAAAAUUGCACUUAGAAUGGAGGUACUUUGUGGUAGUGAAGGCAUCAAUGUCUGCCCACCUGGAGGUGUUGGUAUUCAUAACCCUGGAUUUUGGGGCAUGAAUAUCGAACAAGGGAAGGCCUAUAAAGUAGUUUUGCACAUGCGUUCAUUGCUGCCAGUUAACAUAUCUGUAUCAUUGACUGACACCAAAGGGUUACAAACAUUGGCUACUGCUAACAUUCUAGCCACUGAUGUUUUGAAAUGGACAAAAGCCAAGGUUCUUCUAGAAGCAACAGGAACUAAUCAUAACUCAAGACUGCAAUUGACAACGACCGGAAAAACAGUCAUAUGGUUUGAUCAAGUGUCAGUAAUGCCUUUGGACACAUACAAGGGACAUGGCUUCCGAAAUGAUCUUUUUAAGAUGCUUGCAGAUUUGAAACCCCGAUUUAUCAGAUUUCCAGGUGGGUGUUUUGUUGAAGGUGAGUGGUUACGGAAUGCAUUCCGCUGGAAAGAAACUGUUCUGCCCUGGGAAGAAAGGCCUGGACAUUUUGGUGAUGUCUGGAAAUACUGGACUGAUGAUGGGCUUGGUUACUUUGAGUUUCUUCAGCUUGCAGAGGACCUUGGGGCAUCACCAGUAUGGGUUGUCAAUAAUGGAAUUAGUCAUAAUGAUCAAGUGGACACCUCCAGUAUUUCACCUUUUGUGCAAGAAAUCCUGGAUAGUAUUGAGUUUGCUAGGGGUGAUCCUGAUUCAGAAUGGGGUUCUAUUCGAGCUGCAAUGGGACACCCAGAACCUUUUGACUUAAGAUAUGUUGCUGUGGGGAAUGAAGACUGCUCGAAGAAGAACUACCGAGGAAACUACCUCAAGUUCUAUCAUGCUAUAAAGGAUGCCUAUCCAGACAUGAAAAUAAUCUCAAACUGUGAUGGUUCCGCUAAACAACUGGAUCAUCCAGCGGAUAUGUAUGAUUAUCAUAUUUACACUGGUGCAAACUCCAUGUUUUCUUUGGCUCACACAUUUGAUCAUGCAUUGCGUAGUGGUCCAAAGGCUUUUGUGAGUGAGUACGCUGUUACUGGAAAAGAUGCUGGUACAGGAAGUCUUUUAGCAGCAAUUGCUGAGGCUGGUUUCUUGAUUGGGAUAGAAAGGAACAGUGAUCUUGUUGAAAUGGCAAGCUAUGCACCCCUAUUUGUGAAUGCCAACGACAGACAGUGGAACCCAGAUGCAAUUGUUUUCGACUCCUUCCAGCAGUAUGGAACUCCCAGUUACUGGAUGCAACAUUUUUUCAAGGAGUCCAGUGGUGCUGUUCUGCUUAAUUCAACUUUACAAGCCAAUUCUUCAAGUUCUCUAAUUGCUUCUGCAAUUGCAUGGGAAAACCCAGAGGAUCAGAAGAACUACUUAAAAAUAAAGGUAGUGAACUUUGGGGGUAAUACUGUGAUUCUGAAGAUCUCUAUUGAUGGAUUGGAAAAGAACUCGCUCCAAUCAUAUGGCUCAACUAAGACUAUACUCACGUCAAGCAAUCGGAUGGAUGAGAAUUCUUUCAAAGUGCCAAAUAAGGUAGCUCCUAUCCAAAGUAAUUUCGAAGAGGCUGCUGAAAACAUGGAAGUCGUUCUUCCUCCAAAUUCUUUCACUUCUUUCAAUUUGUUUAUAAAAUCAAACAAAAUCCGUCUUCCAGGAAAUAAUUAUGUUGGGAAAUCUUCAGAUUGAGAAUUUGAGUGAUACGAGGAGUCAAUUGUAGCGACUGCUAGAAUGCUUUGGCGCCUUUGCCCUCGUUUCUAAGUUGUUAAAGCUAUGUAAUAACGUUCUCUGAAAUUUUACUAUUGUCAUGAAGCAGCAAAUCUUAUUUUUCUUA